AAUAAAUAUUACUUGUUUUAAGUAGAUAAUGAGUAUAUAUAUUGUAAAACUAUUAAUCAAGCAGACAUUCUGUUACUUAUUAAAAAAAAACUUAAGUAAUCGUUUUUCUUGGCAGUAGAAUUGAUAUUUUCCUGUAUGUAUAUUUAGCAAACGAAUAGCAAAUGCCAAUGUUCGGAUAUUCAUGUUCGUAUUUGUAAAUCGUUAUUUCCUUCGAUUACAUCGAACAUUAGUAGUUGCGCAACUUUUUUAUCAUAUGUAAUUGCAACGACACCGAUUCUGUCUUAUCGAGUUACAGAAUCACGCUAUAACAUUCGAUCGGAUUCGGUAUGCAUUUUACAUACAUAGUCACAAAACUUAUAAUUGGACAUAAGAUACGGAAGUUCAUUUUAUACUGUAAAUAUAUUUAUCGAAUACAAUUUUUUAGAAGAAACUCGUUUAAAAAUGAAAACUUGUCAGCAUAAAAAAUGCAUAUAUGGUCUUUAUUUGUAACAUAAAAUGAUGACAAUGAAUUUUCAAUGUUGUUCGUAGUGUUUGUCCGGUUUCAGACUCGCGUGCAUGAAACAGUAUUGUCAUCUUCUUUAAUCAGUAAUACUGAUCCUCAAGUACGGAUUUGAUACGAACAGUAAGUAAUCGAGUCCGAUAACAAAAAGAUAAAUACAUGGAAAUCAAAAGCCAGAUGUAAAGAAACAAAGUCGGUUAAUUGUAACUUUCAAAACUUUGUAGAACAAAAUCCACGCACAGAAUAUUUCAGUAAUAUUACAGCAGCAUUACACCAUUCUAGAAAUAUUAUAGAAAUGUACUGUAGGAAAGUUUCUUACAAUAUUUUCCAGUAACUUUGUAAUUUCUAGAAUAUAUAUUGCUGCAAGAUUGAGUGGUCUGUGCUGUGGGAACAUGUUUAAACAUGUCUUCAGUCUACGACUCACACGCGACUAGUUAUUGUAUGUAUCAGAAUCACGUAUCGCGCGCUGUUAGUCUCGAUCAAGCGGAACGCGUAUGCAGAUGUGUAUUCGAAAGUGUUAUUCGUUUUCUUACACUCAUAAUUGCGGCGGGAUAUGAUUUUUUGGUCGCCAAAUUUGCUAAACAAAAAUUGAUGUUUUGUCGGUAUCUUUCUGCUCUAGAAAGAUCUGCAUACAUUUUACACGUGUUUUUACAUACGGCCAUAGAUAAGGUCUAAUCUCGUAGAAAUAUUUAUGAAAGAGAUAAAGUGCAGUUAUCUCUUAUCGAAAUAUUGUAUAUUAACGAGGUCGUGGUGUUUUCCAGCUUUCUUGUACGCAGUAUGGGCCACACUGACAGAAACUUUUAUCAAAAUAUCGAUAUUAUAAAAGUGGAGAAUUUUUAAUUUAUGUAGCAAAAGGGAUCAGAUGCAAUCUGUAGCAAGUAAAUGAUAAUAUAGACUAUAUAUGUAUAUAUAUUACAACGAAUAAUACACUUAUUUUUCUUCCAAUUUUUUAUAUCAAUUAAAUAAUUCAAAGACUGUAAAAAUGACGCACAAUACCUCAGAGAAUCUUUUAAAAAAUGCCAUUAUUCAGAUUGGUUCUGGAGGAUCGGCAGGUUUCAUUGAAGUUUGCAUAAUGCAGCCAAUGGAUAUUGUUAAAACACGUUUCCAACUUCAAGUGAAGACAACAAAGUCAGAUCCAUUGUAUUAUACAGGAAUCCGUGAUUGCAUGACUAAAAUGUAUAAGACUGAAGGAUUACCAGCAUUUUGGAAAGGAAUUUUACCUCCGAUACUUGUAGAAACUCCUAAACGUGCAGUUAAAUUUUUCACAUUCGAACAGUAUAAACAGUUUUUCUUAUUCGGCGCUAGUGCACCUACCCCCUUGACAUUCUCAUGCUCUGGUUUCUUCGCCGGUGUAACAGAGGCUAUAUUAGUUAAUCCUUUUGAAAUGGUCAAAGUAAAACUACAAUCUGAUCGAAAACACGUCAAAGAGAGCCCGUCGACAUUCGCAGUAACGAAAGAGAUUAUUUCAAAAUAUGGUUUCGGAUUGAACGGUCUGAACAAAGGGCUUUCAGCUACUAUAAUGAGAAACGCGGUGUUUAAUUCAUUCUAUUUUGGUUUUUAUCAUUCUGUUAAAGGAUAUAUACCAGUCAGACAGGAACCUGGACUAGAAUUUUUAACAAAAGUCGCUAUAGGAUUCGUGUCGGGUACCGUCGCUUCCUGUUUAAACAUACCGUUUGACGUUGCUAAAAGCCGCAUUCAGGGAUCGCAGGACGGUACACAAUACAAAGGAACGCUAAACACCAUGUACAUUGUUUACAAGAGAGAAGGAUUUAGAGCCUUGUACAAAGGCUUGGUGCCAAAGGUGCUGAGAUUAGGUCCAGGUGGUGCCAUUAUGCUAGUGGUGUAUGACUACAUGCAUGUAUUUCUUACACAAAAGUUCAAAGAUUAAUAUUUGCAUUGCAUUUCAAGAAGCUGUGAGAUAACUAUAAGAAUAUGUUAUACUCUUUAAAGUGCAUUUGAGAUAUAUAUUUUAUACAUGCAUAUAUAUAUAUAAUGUAAAAAAUAUAUAAAUUUUUUACAUGUAAAAAAUGAAGAUUGAUGUAAUUUUAUAAUAAAAAUUAAUAAUUUUAUAAUCA